AUGUGUUCCUGGACAUGGCGUGGUGGACUGGGGGAAAACAGUGGUGAUUGCAGGCAUAGGCCGCCACCAAAACGCGAUGAGCGGCGGAGAUUGGAGCCAAGACAGGCAACGCUCGUGCAUGUGGAGUGGAGGAGCGGCGACAAGCGUCGUGAUGACGACGAAGACGACGACGAAGACGACGGCCUGACGAGGAUGGGCAUGCUGGCGAGACGGGCCUUUGGGGGGUUACUUGCAAUGGGGGGGAGACGAAGGCGGCUUGGCAAUAAAAGGACGUGUGGGACGAGUCGUGUACACGGCAAAGCAGUUAGUCGGGCGUGGUUAGUUGUAGGUGCGACAAGACCAGACGACAGCAAGGCGGCAGCUAAGAAUAACCUCGAGCGUUUGCGGGUCUGCUUGUCCAGUGUUUGGGAAUUGGGGUUCCUGAGCGACGGCGUGGGCGCCAUGACUGCACCUGCACCUGCAGACGGGACGGGUGGUGGCUACUAG